UGUGAAACCAAGCUUGUUCAUAUGGAAAACGCUCAUCAACCUCAACAAUCUCUCUCCUCUCUCUCUCUGUAUAUAGAAGAAUCUCCAUUGUCUUUAAUUUCUCUCCAUUUCUCUUUCUCUCUUCCUUCAAAGUUUUCUCUUUUCUUGAUGGGUUUAAGAGAGUAAAGAUCAUCAAGUACUAUGCAUUAAAUUGAGAAGUUAUUAAAAAUUUCGAAAGUAAUUAAAGAUUGUUGAUGAUGAAGAGAUUAAGUAGUUCAGAUUCAGUGGGUGGUCUCAUCUCUUUAUGUCCUACAACUUCCACAGAUGAGCAGAGUCCGAGGAGAUACGGUGGGAGAGAGUUUCAGUCGAUGCUUGAAGGAUACGAGGAAGAAGAAGAAGCUAUAGUAGAAGAAAGAGGACACGUGGGCUUGUCGGAGAAGAAGAGAAGGUUAAGCAUUAACCAAGUUAAAGCUUUGGAGAAGAAUUUUGAGUUAGAGAAUAAGCUUGAGCCUGAGAGGAAAGUUAAGUUAGCUCAAGAACUUGGUCUUCAACCUCGUCAAGUUGCUGUUUGGUUUCAAAACCGUCGUGCUCGGUGGAAGACAAAACAGCUUGAGAAAGAUUACGGUGUUCUUAAAACCCAGUACGAUUCUCUCCGUCAUAACUUUGAUUCCCUCCGCCGUGACAAUGAAUCUCUCCUUCAAGAGAUUAGUAAACUGAAAACGAAGCUUAAUGGAGGAGGAGGAGAAGAAGAAGAAGAAGAGAACAACGCGGCGGUGACAACGGAGAGUGAUAUUUCGGUCAAGGAGGAAGAAGUUUCGUUGCCGGAGAAGAUUACAGAGGCACCGUCGUCUCCUCCACAGUUUCUUGAACAUUCUGAUGGUCUUAAUUACCGGAGUUUCACAGAUCUACGUGAUCUUCUUCCAUUAAAGGCGGCGGCUUCUUCAUUCGCCGCCGCAGCUGGAUCUUCAGACAGUAGCGAUUCAAGCGCUCUGCUGAAUGAAGAAAGCAGCUCUAAUGUCACUGUGGCGGCUCCGGUGACGGUUCCAGGAGGUAAUUUCUUCCAGUUUGUGAAAAUGGAGCAGACGGAGGAUCAUGAGGACUUUCUGAGUGGAGAAGAAGCUUGUGAAUUCUUUUCCGAUGAACAACCGCCGUCUCUACACUGGUACUCCACCGUUGAUCAUUGGAAUUGAAGCUGAAAACACCACCGGAAGAGAUUUUGGAUUGGAUUAGAUGCUCUUUUCUUCUCUGUGGAAAAAACAGAGGAGGGCAAAAUGGGAAUAAAGUUAAAAUUGAAGGGUGAAAGGGCAAUUAAGGAAGGGUUAAGUCUGGGCGGGAAUAAUGAUUUAGGGUGAAUUUGUAAUUAUGCUUUUUCUCUAGUGAUUUUCGUGCACUUCUUGUAAUUAAGGAUCAUCAGAUCAAAGAGAAAUUGAGAAGGGGUUAACAUGUCAAAGGCAAAAAUUCAGCAUGGGCUCUUUAAAUUACAAUUGACCCUUGAAACCUAAAUUAUACCACUUCUGACCCUUAAAUCAAUUUUUGAAUCAUAAAACUACAGUGUGACUUCGUGUAUUUAGUUCUAGUGUAUUAUGGGAUUUUUUUCAAAGAGAAUGCACCUCAAAGUCUCAGCUUUAAGUCUAAUGUUUGGGUAAAAAACACACCGAACUUCAGAUCCAAA